AUGACUUCUAAUAACUUUCAAGUCCCUGGAACUGCUUCGUCAAAGAAAAAUCGUAUUUCUAAUGAGGUGUUAAAGAGUCAAUCGAAGUCCAGGUCUGAAUCAUUGAAAUGGGUUAAAUCUAUAAGAGCUCUACCAACUAACCCAAAUAAUAAUGACAACUUAAAAACAGAGUAUAUUGAUGUUAAUUUGAAUAAUUCCAGGAAGUUGAUUGGCAAUAUAAGUGAUUUAAUGGAAACCACAGAUAAAUCCGUUAAGCAUAACCAUGAAGUUAAUGAAAGUCUAGCCAGAUUAAACAAUAUAAAACAUGAAUUGGCAUGGUUGAAUGAAUUGUAA